AGGAAUUGUCAGGCUCAUAGUUAGAUUUAUCAGCAGGAAUAAACUCCUUUAACCUAAUAAAACAUUAAUAUCUCCUUCUCAUUAACAUUAAAGUAAUGCUGUGAAUAAUUGAAAACUGUAGAUUGUCAUCCUCCUGUAACAGGAAAAUAUUUUCUAUUUCUGUAUUAGUAAAUAGGAUUACAGUAGUUUUUCUAGAUUUUUGUCAUUUCUCUCCAUCUGAGGUGCUCAGCUUAGCUUUCUCCUGUCUCAGUGCUGCUUUUUUUUUUUUGUUUUUAUAGAAGCUCUGAACCAGUGUGACUAAGGACAUAGCCUGAAGCUUACAAUUUCUGUAGCUCAUUACUAUUCUUUAGCACCAAACAUGCAUAUAACAUAAAGCAGGUGUAUCUCCUCUUUUGACUGCAUCUCUGCUUUAUCUGGCAUCCUACAGCUAAAGACAGUUUCACACAAAAGACUAGUUAGUGGAUAUAUCUGAAAAUGUAUCAUUUAAAUUCUUAUUCUGAAUACCAUAAAUAUGUAAAUCAGAACAAAUAAUUUUCCUAUAUGAUGUGUUUGUUGAGAGUCUUCUACAUACAGAUGGUCUGAUAUUCUAAUCACUUAGGGUGACAUUUAGUCAAAACUAUAGACAGACUGUGCCAUAUUUGGAUGGCAGAUUAAGGCAGGCUUCCUGGCUUGUUCAGGUAGCUGUAGCAAGAGGGAGAGUGCCUUGUAUGUCAAAGCAGAGAAAUUGUCUGUGUUUGCCAGAAUUUGUGAGAAUUGUCUUUCAUCUUGUAAUUCAUAACAGUAUUGCUCAUCCUGAAAUAUCUGGAACCAUUGAAUAUAGCGUUGUUAAAACUCAGCCUGUGACAAUGUCACAUAGACGCUGAAUUUCUGAUUUUCUUUAUAAGCGGAGUCGCAUAUAAUUAAAACUGCAAGCUCUUUUUUGGGGUAUUGUUCUAGUUCAGGAUUUUUCAGUGCUAAGAGUGUUUGCUGCCUUCGAAGCUUUUGGUUUUUGGCUUAAUUAAAAAAUGUUAUAUGAAACUAUGUCAAAUAUAUAUCACUACUAGCUGGAAAUCCUUUAACUUAAUUAACUUCUGUGCAUUUCACUUGUGCUCACACAGAGCUUUUCACUUUUUGUUGCUCAUUGUAUGAGACAGCAUUUAUAAGGUCAAAUGAUACCUAGGGAUAUACAGAGGGAUAGUAAAAUUGGAACCUGGGAAAAAGCACUUUCCAGCACUCACUGUUGUAUGGAUGUUGCUUCUGGAUCCUGGGUACUAUGUGAUGAGUCAGAAGAUCCUGCUUAGGGUGAUCCUGGGAAUCUCCAGGUUCACAUCACUGUGAUAUGUACAGAAAUUCAGGCACUGCUACAGAAAUGUUGAGGUCAAAGAGGAUCACAUUGUCUUUGGGAAGAUUAGCAGAUUAAGACACUUCCUUUGGGGCUGGGAGAUGGACAGCUCUUUACCUGGACUGAUGGCCUGAAAAGGAAGGACUGGCAUGAUUAUGAAAGCAUUCAAAAAGAUGCUAUGCGUUCAGGGAAAGGUGAACAUGGGAAACCAUACCCUCUUACAGAGGAAGACCAUGAUGAUUCUGCUUAUAGGGAAAAUGGCUUCAACAUAUUUGUUAGCAACAACAUAGCACUGGAACGGUCCCUGCCAGACAUCCGGCAUCCUAACUGUAAGCACAAGGUGUACUUGGAGGCACUACCCAACACGAGCAUCAUCAUCCCGUUUCAUAACGAGGGCUGGACCUCCCUCUUGCGCACCAUCCACAGCAUCAUCAACCGCACCCCAGACAGCCUGAUCGCAGAGAUCAUCCUUGUGGACGACUUCAGUGACAGAGAACAUUUGAAAGAGAAGCUGGAGGAAUACAUGGUCCGCUUUGCCAAGGUGAGGAUUGUGCGCACCAAGAAACGGGAAGGGCUCAUUCGGACCAGGCUGCUGGGAGCCUCACUGGCUAGAGGAGAGGUCCUGACAUUCCUGGAUUCCCACUGCGAAGUCAACGUGAACUGGCUGCCACCGUUGCUCAACCAGAUUGCACUUAACCACAAAACCAUCGUGUGUCCUAUGAUCGAUGUCAUUGACCACAACCACUUUGGCUACGAGGCGCAGGCGGGGGAUGCCAUGCGAGGAGCUUUUGACUGGGAAAUGUACUACAAAAGAAUCCCGAUUCCUCCAGAGCUCCAGAGAGCUGAUCCCAGCGACCCCUUUGAGUCUCCUGUAAUGGCUGGAGGUCUGUUUGCCGUUAACCGGAAAUGGUUUUGGGAGCUGGGAGGCUAUGAUCCAGGAUUAGAAAUAUGGGGAGGAGAGCAGUAUGAAAUCUCCUUUAAGGUGUGGAUGUGUGGAGGUGGCAUGUAUGAUGUUCCAUGCUCUCGAGUUGGACACAUCUACAGAAAGUACGUCCCGUAUAAAGUCCCUUCUGGAACCAGCCUUGCACGGAACCUGAAGCGAGUGGCCGAGACGUGGAUGGAUGAGUUUGCAGAGUACAUUUACCAGCGACGGCCCGAGUACAGACAUCUCUCCACUGGUGACAUCUCUGCCCAGAAGGAGCUGCGCAAGCACCUCAAGUGUAAAGAUUUCAAGUGGUUCAUGGCUGCAGUGGCUUGGGAUGUCCCCAAAUAUUACCCUCCUGUGGAGCCUCCACCUGCUGCCUGGGGGGAGAUUCGAAACGUAGCAGCCAACCUUUGUGUGGACAGCAAACACGGAGCCACCGGCACUGAGCUGAGGCUGGACAUCUGUGUGAAGGACGGCUCAGAAAGAACAUGGUCACAUGAGCAGCUCUUCACCUUUGGUUGGAGAGAAGACAUCCGCCCUGGGGAGCCACUUCACACCAGGAAGUUCUGCUUCGACGCCAUCUCGCACAGUAGCCCUGUCACACUGUAUGACUGUCACGGGAUGAAGGGAAACCAGCACUGGAGCUAUAGGAAGGACAAAACUUUGUUCCAUCCGGUAAGCAGCAGCUGCAUAGAUUGCAACCCAGCUGAGAAGAAGAUUUUCAUGAACAGAUGUGAUCCUUUAUCUGAAACUCAACAGUGGAUUUUUGAACAUAUUAAUAUGACCGUUUUAGAAAAAUUUAACAGCAAGGCCAGUUCCUAGAAGGAAAAAAAAAUUGAACACACAUAUUUACGUACAGACUGCAGACUACAUUUUUGCCAGCAUCUGGGUCAAAGGAGUCAGGAAUUAAAUUCCCUAGAUCCAGGAAAUCUGUUCUGAGGAUUAAGAAAAUGCCACAGCAAGAGCCAGCAGGCUGUCCUUGUGGAUAUACAGUAUCUGGAGAACUUGGCCAAGAGCCUCACCGGAUGCUGCUGAGAACUUCAGGCUGAAAAUUCCCUUGCUGGUCAAGGGAAAAACUUUGUUUAAAAACUGUUUAAAAGUACUCCAAGUUAAUAAAGUAAAACAAAACUC